AUGCACGGCUCGGGCGCCUCGAGGCCGCCGCCCAAGCGGUCCAAGGCUGCUCCUCCGCCUCUUUUGCCAAAGUCGGAUCUUGUCCGCAAGCGAUCGGUGGCCUUUGCCGCCGACUCGCUUGCUGCUGCUGAUGCUGCUGCCGCCGCUGCUCCGCCCGUCGCCAAGCCCAAGCCCAAGCCCAAGCCCAAGCCCGAGCCCGAGCCUGAGCCCGAGCCCGAGCCUAUGGCCAAGCCCGAGCCCGAGCCCGUACCCAAGAAGACACCACCGGCACCUGUACCCAAGAAGACACCACCAGCGCCCGUACCCAAGAAGACCCCACCGGCACCUGUACCCAAGCCCAUGCCCAAGCCCGAGCCUGUGCCCAAGAAGACCCCACCGGCACCUGUACCCAAGAAGACACCACCAGCGCCCGUACCCAAGAAGACCCCACCUGCACCUGUACCCAAGAAGACACCACCAGCGCCCGUACCCAAGAAGACCCCACCGGCACCUGUACCCAAGCCCAUGCCCAAGCCCGAGCCUGUGCCCAAGAAGACACCGCCGGCGCCCGUGCCCAAGCCGUCCGCUGCAUCGCCAAUCACGCAGCCCAAGCCGGCUCCCGUGCCCAAGCCCAAACCCAAGCCUGGCGCCGGACUGCUCAGCAUCCCCGGCCAGCUAACAGGCGGUCCUCCAGCCCCGCCGCCGAAGCGGCGCAAGUCGGCCUCAGCCAUCCAAUCCAUGCCGCUCCUCCCGGUUGUCGACACCACGGCUGUCCACACCCGCGCCAAGACGCCCGAGCCGGUCCGCUCGCGCCCGGUCGAUGCUGCCAAGUCAAUGGACGCCCUGCCGUCACUUGUUGACCACAACCCAUCCGACGUCAUCUCGGCGCCCGACAUGGCCGAGCUUGCUAGCUCUUGGCGCCGGUCGCGUACCACCUACCAGGUUUGCCAGUGGCUCAUCGCGGCUGGCUUUGACGCUGCCGCACACGCCUGUCAGGCCAAUGAGGUCGACGGAGACGAGUUGGAGGAUGCAGAUCACGAAUUCUUCGCCUCCAUCGGAAUCGACGACUCAGAGGCCACCGCCGCCAUCAUUGCUGCCAUCCCAUCGGCCACGCCGCACGGCUUGUCUCGUCCUGCCCGCGACCCUAGCGCCGGUGCCGAGCCUGACUCGGACACUGCCACAAAGGCCAAGCACGAUAUGCUGCUCUCCGACCUCGGCGCCGCAGACAUGGCCGGCUAUCUCGCCAAAGAGGGAAGCUCCAAUAGCAAGUGGCGCCAGCGCUACUGCGUCCUCCAAGAGAUGGUCCUCUACUACUUUAAGAACCUCUCGCCUGACAACAAGCCGCGCGGCUCCGUCAUCGUCGCAGGCUGCACCGUUGGCAAGGUCGACCGGGAUGGCUUUCUUCCUGGUACCACCUUUUACGUCGCACGCCGCAAUCUCAAUACCUAUUGGCUCCUGGCAGAGACCGAGGCUGAGGUCGAGUUUUGGCUGAAGGCUCUUGUCGACCACGGCCUCUGCCGCCGCGUCGACGCCCCUCCCGAGAGCGGCAUCCCCGAUGCCCUCGCUGGCAAGCGCAAGUCGCGCUGGCAGACCCUCAAGCGUCGCUUCACUUCCAAGUCGACCUCCCUCGGUGACUCGGCCGCCGCAGCUCUUGCGACAGACGGUGAUUCUGCCGCCCCGCCGCCGCCACCGCCGCCGCCGCCGUUCGGCGGCGCUCCGCCCCCGCCUCCACCGCCUCCGCCGCCCGGCGCCUCCAUCCGCAAGGGCGGCAAGGCCAAGGCCAGGGCCACACCGGCUUCGGCUGGCUCUGGUGCGCUGCCGCCGCCGCCACCGCCGCCUCCAGCCGCCGCCGCCACGCCAGCCACCGCACGCACUCGCCCCACCGUUGGCGCUGGUCGUGGCUCGCUACUCUCAUCCAUCCAAUCCCACCAGGGCGUGGCAUCGCUCAAAAAGGUCGGCGCCCCCGAGCGCACCGACCUUGGCUCCACCUCCGCUCCCGCUGUGGCCUCACCGCCGCUCACCGGCAUUGCCGCUGCGCUCGCGUCUGCCAUGGGCGACCGCCGCAAGGUUGUUGUUGUCGACUCGGACGACGAUGACUGGGACUCGGACUCGGACUGGUGA